UUGAACAAGGUCCGCUCGGAGGUAUGAAAGCAGCCUUUGCUGAGGUCCAGAAUCAGUUCUCAUCAGUGCUCUCCGUUCUGACUGAGGAUGCUCUGGGCUGGUGGGAUGAAGCUGGGAACCUUCGAGAUCUUGCUAGUGUUCAUCCACGCAUCAGCAGCCUGUGAGUUUGGGCCCUUCCCUUACAGAGUCACCGGGAUUGUCUGCAGGAUGACGAAGCCUGCGGCAUUGCUGUUGAACCAGGAAACUGCACAGGUCAUUCAAGCAGCAUUCAGGAAUGCCAGAUUCCCAAAUAUCACUGGGGAAAGGUCCAUGCGUCUCCUCGGCAAGGUGGCUUACGGGCUGACCAACAUCCAGGUCAAUGACUUGUCCAUAGAGCAGAGCGAGGUGGAGCUCAAGGAGGACGAUGCCAUUCACAUUGCCAUUAAAAAUGUGACUGCCGUCUUCAAAGGGACCCUGACCUAUGGCUACGCCGGGGCUUGGUUGCUGCAGCUUUUCCAUUCAGUUGACUUUGAAAUCGAGACUUCCAUUGACCUCCAGAUAAACAUUAAACUGAUGUGCCAGAAGGACCAAGUGGCUGCCGAUGCCUCAGACUGCUACCUGUCUUUCCACAAACUGACGCUUCAUCUCCAAGGAGACAAGGAGCCAGGCUGGCUGAAGCAGCUCUUCACAGAUUUCAUUUCCUUCACUUUGAAGCUUGUUUUCAAGAGUGAGGUGUGCAAUGAAAUCAAUUCUCUUGCCCAGAUGCUGGCAAAUUUUGUACAUGAUUUAGCAGAAAAUUUUGUCCAGGAUGAAGAUAUCAAACUCGAUAUCUCCCUUGCAUCAGUUCCUUUAAUAAAAGCAAAUUACCUAGAAUCACAUCACAAGGGCCUUGUCCUGUAUAAGAACUACUCCGAUGUCUUCACUGACAGUGUUUUCUCCCCGUCGUUGUUGACUGAGUCCCGAAUGCUCUACUUCUGGCUGUCCGAACACAUCCUCAACUCUCUGGCUUCAGCGGCAUUCUUAGAUAAGCGCCUGGUGUUGACCAUCAAAGGGGAGGAGUUGCAGGCGCUGUUUGAAAUGGAAGACACAGAAGCACAGCGGAAGGCAGUGCAGAUGAUUUUUCAAGACAUCUCUUAUAAUAACUCUGUGGCCAAGGUGUGGAGUCUCGCCCAUCCCCAAAUCUCUGUUCAUCCUGAAGGCACUGUUGUGAAGUCCUUGGUAGCAGUGGAGGUCAGCGUCUUUCCUGCAGGAGAAGAGCCCCUGAUUGUUCUGUACAUGGAGAAGGAAGUCACGGUCACUAUCCAAGCUGCCUAUGCAGAAAAGAAACUAAUUUUGCACCCAUCGGACUCCAGGAUAGAGUUUAAAACCUUUGAUUGCAGAGCUGAUUCAAGUGGGAAUGACCCAUCCAUAAGAAACUUCCUGCAGACAAUGAUCUCAGUCGUAGGGAUUCCAGAAGUGAUUUCAAGGAUUGAAACAGCUUUGACUUCACUGUUGAACAGCAAAGGGAUUAACCUAUUUGAGAUCAGAAAUCCUGAGAUCAUCACAAGAAAGGGAUACGCGAUUGUGCAACUUGACUUUAGCUUCCCGAAUCAUUUGCUCCUUGAUUUUCUUGAGAAAAAAUUGUAGAACUGAUCUCUUCAUAAAGAAAUGUAGGAACUUGUGCACAAAUAGAAAGAUUGCUUGUGAACCAAUUAAAAGAAGAGCUGAUUCAAAUCAGCUUCAAUUGACUUUUCUUUCCUUUUCCUGAGAAACGCUCCUGUAUCUGUGCAGUUGUACUUCCAUGGAGCCUUUCCUCUGCUAAGAGCUUGAAGUCUGCACCUCUACGCACACUGUGUUUUCAGGAUGUUUAAAGCACUAUUUUGCUUUGGAGCAAGGGUUGGACUCUUGAGGUGCACGGGUUCUGGGUUAGCAUUCAUGGGAGGCAGCAGAAACCACCUUUGUCCACCUUUUACUCUCUCUGUUGUUACAUUUCGGAAACGUAGCACCUUUUGUGCUGAUCCUUGGUUUUCAUUUCUGCAAGCCAAGAGGAUCCUGACUUUCACAGACUUCAGCAACUGAAAUGACAUUACCAAACUCCAAGUAAGCUCAGAACCAGUUAUGCUAAAAGACCCAGGUAUGGCUGAGAAAGUAAAUGGGACAGAAAUUUACAGUGCAGCUCAGUAACAGAGAUCUCGUGCCCUGGGUAGCUUUUUAGAGAGUUUGUAG